AACAGUAAUCGGCGCGUCAAAAAUUCCUAUGACAGGACCCUUGACCGAUUAAUUAUUUUGAUAUUAUAAAAUAAUUUUACUGCAAAAUGACUACACCAGGAACCUCGGGAGCGUCACCAGCUGUGCAAGAGUUUAAAAUUCGAGUCCCAAAGAAUGUGAAAAAGAAACAUCAUGUAAUGCGUUUUAAUGCCACACUGAAUGUAGACUUUGCGAAAUGGACUCAAGUCAAGAUGGAGAGGGAGAACAACAUCAAGGAAUUCAAAGGAUUAGAUGAAGAUAUGCCCAAAUUCGGCGCGGGCUCCGAGUAUGGGCGAGACAUUCGUGAAGAAGCUCGCCGUAAGAAGUUCGGGAUCAUCUCGCGAAAAUACAAGCCUGAAGAUCAACCUUGGAUACUAAAAGUGGGAGGAAAAACAGGAAAAAAGUUCAAGGGCAUCCGCGAGGGCGGCGUGUCGGAGAACGCCGCCUACUACGUGUUCACGCACGCCGCCGACUCCGCCAUCGACGCCUACCCGUUGCAGGAGUGGUAUAACUUUCAACCUAUUCAAAGAUACAAAGCCUUGUCUGCGGAAGAAGCCGAACAGGAAUUUGGGAGACGCAACAAAGUGAUAAACUACUUUUCACUCAUGUUCCGCAAGCGCAUGCGCGGCGACGACGCGGCCGACGACGGCGACGACCCCGACGACAAGAAGACUAAAGGCGCCAAGGCCAAGAAAGAGUUAAAAAUAUCCGAUAUGGAUGAAUGGAUCGAUUCGGACGACGAUUCCUCCGGCUCCGAGGCUGCAGAAAAAGACAAUGACAGUGACUCUGGCACCAAGAAGAAACCGAAUAAAAAAGGACCGGUGAAGAAGAAGAAGAAGGUGGACGAGGAAGCGUUCGAGGAGAGCGACGACGGCGACGAGGAGGGCCGCGAGCGCGACUACAUCUCCGACUCCUCCGACAGUGAAACAGAUCAUGAGGCGAAGGCGAACAAAGAACUCAAGGGCGUCGCAGAAGAAGAUGCACUCAGGAAGCUGCUGACGUCGGACGAGGACAGCGAGGAGGAGCAGGAGCAGAAGGAGGCGUCGGAGCCGGAGGACGAGCCGACGCGCGACGGCGAGGAGCGCGCCAGCAAGCUCACCAAGAGGAAGGCCGCCAAGCCCGGCCAGAGGACUCCCUCCAGCAGCGAGUUCAGCUCCGACUCCGACACCGACGCGGAGGGCGCGCCCAGGAACCACAAGAAACGCAAGGAGCCCGCCUCCGCCGCGACACCGCACUCAGCGAGCGCGCCGGGCAGCGCCAGCACGUCUCGCUCGGCGUCGCCCGCGCCCGCGGCCGCGGCUGCUGCGGCCGCCGCCGCCGCCGCGCCGCCCGCCAAGCGGCCCAAGAUCGACCCCUCCUACACCGAGUGCGGCGUGACGGAGGAGGCGGUGCGGCGCUACCUGGCGCGCAAGCCCAUGACCACCACGGAGCUGCUCACCAAGUUCAAGUCCAAGCUCACCGGCGUCAGCUCCGAGCGCUUGCUCGAGACCAUGACGCAGAUCCUCAAGCGCAUCAACCCCGUCAAGCAGAACAUCAACGGCAAGAUGUAUUUAAGUAUCAAAAACAACUAAUAAUUACCUGCUAAUACCUCUUCAGUAAGUGUAAGAAUAAU